CUGGCUAGCCCUACCUUCUUUCUUUAGUUUUACCGUACUUCGUUCCCCCCCCUGCGAGCCGGCGGCAGCCAACGAGAUCCGAAUCCCGGCAUGAUGAAGGCUGCGGGGCGCGGGAAUCGAGUGCUUCGUGCAACACGUGGCAGAGAACCAUUUGAUUUUAGUGCGGGCGCAGCUCUACCGAGUCGUCAAACCGAAGUCGAAGCGCUUUCACCGGAGAAGAAUAAAGAAAGUCGAACGAUUGAAGUCUCCAAAACCAAAAAAAAAAAGAAAAUAGAGGUGCAGGACCAGCCAAAGAUGGAAGGAAAGGCAGCGGAAGUAGGAAAAAUGGACGGUAUAGAACCACAAGUGAGGCAAGAAUUGCAUGAAGGAGGGAACAACAACGAGAGCAUUAGCGUCAGCAUAGACCCGGCCGUCCUCGAUUGCUCCAUCUGCUUCACACCCUUGCUUCCCCCUGUCUUCCAGUGCCAUAAUGGACACGUGGCAUGCUACUUAUGCUGUGCGAAGCUGCAGAAGUGCCAUGUCUGCUCCUUACCCACCGGCCAGAGCCGAUGCCGGGCUCUAGAGGCCGUCAUUGAAGCCAUGAAGAUCCCCUGCCCCCAUUCGACAUUUGGCUGCCGAGCGACCAUCCCCUACACCCAGAAAGACACCCACGACCACGAGUCGUCCUGCCUAUUUGCCCCCUGCUCCUGCCCCAUCUCCAGCUGCACCUUUCGAGGCCCCGCUGCACUCCUCUCGGACCACAUCUUUGAUAAACAUCCCGUCACCCGUCGGAUAUUUUUCUGUUAUGAUACCACCUUCAGUGUCUUUCUCCAGCAAGAAGAGCCAUUUCAUGUUCUCCGUGGGAUGGAUGGCCGCAUCUUUCUCCUACUCAAUGCAGCCAAUGUGCCUCAUGGGAGUUCUCUCUCAAUCGCUUGUAUAAGACCAGGGUCCAGAGAGUUGAACUUGGGGUAUGACAUCACGGUGAAGGGAGAGAGAAGCGAGCUCCGUCUCAGAGCUUCGCCCAGGAACAUUAGGGACUUGAAGGUGGCUUCUCCUGCAGAAAGUUUCCUCUUUGUUCCCCAUGCAAUUAGUGACUCGGCUGGGAAGAUCUCUAUUGAUGUUUGCAUUCGGAAGGUGUAGAUUAAUGAUGCUGAUCUCACCUUGUCUUUUUGUCAUAAUGCUAGUAAGACAAAUCGGCACUUUAUAUAUGUGGAUGUUGGUAAUUAUGCUGCAGGA